UCCUCUUAUAUGUAAUUUUAUUAUUGCUAUAGCUUUAAAAAGAUUAUUAGAUCAUUUCGUUCGUUGAUAGAUAAUUUCAGUCUGUAAAAAGUAUUACGUGAAAUUAAUAAAUCAGUAAUCCAAAUUAUGCUAUAUGAUUUGGUAAAAUCGUUUGUUAAAACAUUUAUCAUUAUAUUUAUUUUUAUAGAGUGUUUAUCAAUUUUUCAGUCCGAAAGUCGUUUAAAUAAUAUUAUAUUAACUCCUUAUAAACAAUCAUCUCCCAGACAAAAGGAAAAUUUGCAUCGUACCAUGGAAACAUACGCUAUUACAAAUAACGAAGUUGAUACAGUUGGACAAAGUGAAAAAAAAGGUAGAAUCAAUCGUCAAGGACCAAAGAUAUGGGAUCAAUGGGGAAAUUGGUCAAGCUGUAGUGUUACUUGUGGUAUAGGAAAAUUAACAAGAUGGAGGCAUUGUAUAGGUGGAAGUUGUUUAUUAGAUUUAAAAGAAAAAAAUGAGCGAAUUAAGCGAGAUACAAUCCUUUUACAAAGGAAAAGUCAUUUUCGUAACCGGAGGGACCGGUUUGAUGGGAAAAGUUCUGAUCGAGAAGCUACUUUAUAGUUGUAGCGAUUUAAAUAAAAUUUAUGUUUUGAUACGGCCAAAAAGAGGUCGUACUCCCGAGAUGCGUGUCGACGAAAUGUUUAAAUUACUCAUGUUUCAAAGAAUACAAAAGCAAAAGCCAGAAACGAUGAAGAAAGUUAUACCUUUAAGCGGGGAUGUUGGUACGAAGAAUUUAGGAUUAACUAACGAGCAACUCGAAAUAUUGAUAAACGAAACUGACGUAGUAUUCCAUUUUGCCGCAACUCUUAAAUUAGAAUCUAAGUUGAAGGACGCUAUCGACAUGAAUACGGUUGGAACGAAAAGGGUCAUAGAAUUAGGUAGAAAGAUGAAAAAGCUGAAGGCAUUUGUUCAUCUGAGCACAGCCUUCUGUUACGCCGACAAAGAGGAACUCGACGAAAAAGUGUACGAAUCAUCCGCUGAUCCUCACGACGUUAUGAGGCUGGUUCAAUGGCUAGAUGAAAGUGCCAUCGAUCUUAUUACACCCAAGGUGUUGGGUCUUCAUCCGAAUACUUAUACGUAUUCAAAGAGAUUGGCCGAAAAACUGGUAGCGGACGAAUACCCGGAUUUACCUUGUAGCAUUGCCAGACCAUCGAUAGUAACUCCAGCUUUGGCAGAACCGUUACCUGGUUGGGUGGAUAACUUAAACGGACCUGUGGGCCUCAUGGUGGGUGCAGGCAAAGGUGUGAUAAGGUCGAUGCUCUGUAAUGGAAGCUAUCACGCCGAAGUAAUACCCGUCGACCUCGCUAUCAAUGCUCUAAUCGCAGUCGCAUAUAGAACAGCUACGACGACCAAAGAUACAAGUGUACCGGUAUACAAUAUGACGCAAAGUGGCAUAUUACCCAUUACGUGGGGAGAAGUAUUGGGUAAAGGGAAAAAGAUCGCGUAUGAAUAUCCUUUCGAAGGACAAAUUUGGUAUCCAACCGGUGACAUACAUAGCAGCAAAUUCGUACAUAAUCUGAUCGUCUUUUUGUUUCACGUUAUACCGGCUUAUUUCAUCGAUUUUCUUAUGUUGAUAUUUCGGCAAAAGAGAUUUAUGGUUCGUAUCCAAAGACGUAUUUCCGUCGGACUCGAAGUUUUGCAAUACUUCACUAUGAGGGAAUGGACCUUCCAUAACUCAAACUUGCUAAUAAUGCGGCAAGAAAUGAGUCCCAAAGACCAGGAGAUUUUCCCAAUAGAUUUCUCGACUAUCGAUCAUGCCGAGUAUAUAAAAACUUGCGUUCUAGGUGCACGACAAUAUUGCAUGAAAGAGAAUUUGUCCACAUUGCCGAACGCUAGAAGACACCAAGCGAUAUUAUACGUCAUUCACAUAAUUGCUGUCUAUCUAUUUUACAUCGGAAUAUUAUAUCUUAUUUACAAGAACUUCGAAAUAGCAAGAUCUGGUUUGGAUUCUGUCACGGAGCACGUGAAAUCUUUGUCAAUUUUGGGCUGAGUUACGCGAAAGAUCCACCAGUAAUAGCAUAAUGUAUAUUAUUACGUAUUUGUAUACAAACGAUUUAGCGUACUCUUUUAUCUUAAAAGAGUUAUCUUUUAUAUUUUUGCUUGAAACCAGCAAUUGUAUUCUAUAACAAAACGCAACAAGCUCCGUUAAGAACCUUUUCUCAACUUACUUUACUAUGUAAUAAUCAACCACACGCGACUUUUCAUCGAAUCAGACUAUACGAAGCUACAUAUGUGUAUGCGCGUUCUUCUUUUACGUCCGAGAUAAAUAGUAGUAAGUUAAUAAACGAAAUUUGUUAUUUA